AUGCCCCGCGCAAGCGGGGCGAAGAGCGAUGCGUUAGAGAGCAAAGUCGCUGAACAUCCGGCGGGAGCUUCAGAGAAGGUCUCGAGGACCAAGAGCCCGUCCAAUGCCUCUUCCAGCGCCGUGCCCUUGCAGAGUCUUAUAACAACCCGGCCGGGCUGCGAGAAACGGGGGGAAAGUGCCCUCGCGCCGCCGACCGCGUCGGCAAUCCCGAUUGCGCCCGCAUGGGAAACUCCCACAGCCAACGCUGGAGUCGUCCCUCCGGCGGGCCCAGAAAUCGACCCCUCCACCCCUGCCGACCCCCAAAAUCCACCAACAAAAGCCAGACCACCUCGCCGGCGCCCGCCGCGCGACACCCGCGGAAGAAGCCAAUAACCGCCACCGACGCAGGCCGCCGCCGGCCGCAAGUCGCCCCACGGCCGCAAGACGCCGACCUCCUCGCGCACGCCGAGCCCCUGCUUCGAGAAGGAGCGCCAGGCCGCCGCGCGGAAGAAGAGCGCGCAGACUAGCAUCAAGUCCGCGCAGUCGGCCUUCCGCCCGCCCGACGCCCAGGCGAAGAAGAAGAAGGCGCCCUCGAAGAAGCCGUCGCCCUAUAGCCAGCAGCCGCGGAAGGCGCCUUUGCCUAGAGCGCCUAGGGCGCCGUUGCCGGGCCGACGGGGACGAGCUUCGUCCCUCGAGGUCGUCGAGGAGGACCCGGCCAAGAAUGAGGAGGGCGACUCGACCGACGAUGAUGGCGAGCUGCGAUCCAUCACCGCGGGCUUGGCUCCCGGCCGCCACCAGGUCGUGCCGACGCGGGCGAAGCCGCCGCCGCCGCCGAAGCAGGCCUCGUCGCCUUCUUCUAGACGAGGUGCGCGGUCGCCGGCCUCACCCGCGCCCGGUUCAAAGCCGAAGAAGCGCGCGCCGUCGCCUCGACAAAAGUCGCCUACCUCCGAGGCGCCUCUGAGGGCGUCCCUGAAACGUGUGUUAGCUGCCGAGGAGAUGGCUCCGUUUACCACGAAGCAGUCGCUCGAGGAAAUCGAACAACUCCAAAAUUUACUAGAUCAGAAGAAGUCGCAACUCCUGCGGAGCGCCGACCCAUCACCGACUCCCCAUGAAGAGGACGAGAAAAAAGAUGACGAGGAGGUGGCUCGAAGCGCAUUAGGCCGACUGACGGAGAUGUCGCGACGCUUAGCCGACGCGUCGAAGAACGUGGACCAAGCUGAUGCGGAUGCGGCCCAUGACGCGGCGCUCGAGGCCGCGGAGGACGAGGAGGUCGCGUCCAUCGUGAGCGGACCGAAGCACGUCUACGGCGGGAGCAUCUCUUCGAGUGGCCAACCAUCAUCGGACACGCAAGUCGACGCGUUCACGGAGUCGAUCCUCCAGUCAAAAAGGGACGAAAUUGUACAUACAAGUGCCCCUACCGGCGAGUCCGAUAGCGACCGACCGGUCGCGCCCAACGACAAGAUGUUCUCGUCGGCCUAUGGAGCUUGGGUAGCUAAAAGUAGACCUACCAAGAAGGAGGCUUCCGGUCGGCAGCCGCCGGUCCACGAGACCUUUGGACUUGGGGUUAGUACGGAGGAUGAAUACGCUCCACUAUCUUUUCGGGUACUAGAUGAUCUGGAAGAGCGAACGGGCAUCCAGGAACGGCCGAGACCACCUCAUAUUGACGUGAACCCGCCGCGACGGUCGCUGGACGGCUGGCGGCGGCCGCCCUCCUUCCGAUCGUUUGCUUCGACCUCCCCGGAAACCGUGAUAUCGUCGGUCAGUGACUACACGACGUGGAGCUGCGCCUCGCCGCGGUCGCCGAACCACGUCGAGUUUACGUAUCGACCGCCGCCGGAGUUCGUGCCUAGAAUUCGGCUCGAAGCUCUACGGUCACCGCGAUCCUCGGGCGACUUGCAGGCCUUCAGCCCGGACCCGGCCAAGUCCGUGUCCUCUCUCUAUAGUCCGCGGUCGGCGUUCACGCCUCGGAGCGACGCGUCCGCGCGGGGGCGGCCCAAAGAGUGAUCCCUGGUCUCGGGGGGACUCGCGUAACGGCCACUCAUGUUC